UGAUAGAAAGUUGAAAGUUCAACUUUUAUACGCUCUUGGGUUCACUCAUCAAAACAAAAUGAGUCUUCCAGAACUAAACAAAGAAAGUAUCGCUUUUGGAUUAAAGGUUUUUUCAACGACUGCAUUAGGUCUCUAUGCUGGUCAGUCUUUGUAUAUUAACGCUGUAGAAGUCCCUGCAAAUCUUGAUCAUGAACCAGAGCAUUCCCUACAAAACUGGCAAAGAAAUUUUCAUCAUGCAUCCCAUUUUGCUCCAAAAGUACAUGGAGCAGGAGUUUUAGCAGCUGUUGGACAUUACUUAUUAACUCGUGGAACUGACAAUGAAGAUUUACCAUUCCUCUUAUCUCAAUUAAUUGGCGAAUUAAAUGUACCAAUAACUUUUGGUAUUAUUAUGCCUGUCAAUAAUCAGCUGCAUGAUCAGGAUGACUGUAAAACCAAAGAAUUGCUUUUGGAAUCAGAAUUGAAAUCAAAAACAAAACUCUACUGGUCACUCUCGGAAGAUGCAUGGAGGAGCUCACAUUCGGAAUUUACUGCAGCAGUGGAACUACCGUCACGGAUUUAGAACCGCUCUGGGUAUUGGAACGUUCGCAUACUGUGUGUACCGAAUUGCUAAAGGAACAAAUUAGGUAUAAUAAAUGUUAGCAAUUUUUGUUACUUUUUUUAAACCGAACUUUUGUUUACGUCUUCGUGGGAAUCAUGCCGAAUUACAUAUAUCGAUUUACAUAUUUACAUUUUAAUUUUUUACUUUAUUUUCAUAUCCCAAGUUUUUGCUUUCCAUAUACGUACAUUGUACCAAAGAAUUGAUUUCUUAAUUAGUUGUAAGCAUGUAGUACACCCUGGUCUUUUUAUACUUUUCGUGAACACUUUUUUGCACGUAGUAAUGUAAGGUUUUAAUAUAUUUUGCACAUAUAUGAUGUAUAUUUAUAAGAUGAGCAGAUUAAUGAAGUUAAA